AUGACGGCUAAGGACAAUCUUCCACCCUCUUAUGUCACAUGGUCCAAUUCUCAGGUCAUUGCCUGGGCUGAAGGUGCAGGUCCUGCCUUUCAGCCCUAUCUCGCCGCCCUUCGUGCUUCUAAUGUGCGUGGACAGUGGCUCUCCUGUCUCUCUGACUCCGACCUUCAAUCCCUCGGUAUCACCAAAGUUGGUGAUCUUCGAAGCAUUCGAAACACAGUAUCUCGCCUGAUAGAGGACUACGCUGCUUUGGAAGUAGAAAAUAUGCAGAGUCUUCUCUUUAGCGUUGUCUUUGUCGCCGGUCAACUUGCUGCUCUUCUGAAGCGCGCUCGCUUCCAAGAAUCCUUUACUCAACCAGCAGACGAAUUAGUACACCAGCUGGUAAAGUGCCUUUUUCGCCUUGGCUUUGUGGUAAAGAAGGCUGCUUCCUGGCUCGAACGGAGUCCAUUUUCGCUCAUAUCGAGGCUAGCUGCCCUUCGCGGGGUCAUGUUACAGCACACGGUAGAUCUGAACACCGUCCUUCAAUCAGCGUUAAAGAAUUCCAGUAUUUUAACUUACAUAAAUGCGAUGCUGGAGCUGACGAGAGGGCUGAGAGAUCAGUUGGAGGUGGUGAUUCACGAGUGCGAUGACUCACUUUUGCUAACGCCCUGUACAGUUGAACAUGUCUCUCUGCGAAAAGGCGAACGCGAAAGUUAUGGAUUUACAUUCUGCACUAAUGAUUGCAACGUUCACAUAAUCCAGUCAUUGGAUUCGGAUCUCCAAGCACCGGCUUUUUCCUGUGGACGACUUGCGAAGGACGAUGAGAUAGUCGAGGUUAAUCACCAGCUCGUACUGGGUUGGGAACAUGGUGCUGUGGCGCGGUUAAUUCAGCAGAGCACUCGUCGCCUAGAACUGAGGGUCCGCAAGCGACCCGCACACUGCACUGACUACUUCUCGGUCAACUCGCGGCGCCAGCGCAUGCAGCUUAUGACCAAGGCGCUGCGACCCUUCACUGCCGAACCUCAGCAUUCCAGACGUUCAGACUUUCUGCGUAAUCGUACACCCAAACGACGGACGCAACCACUAUCAAACUCAUCAAAUACCCCUGCUACUGCUAUCGUCACCACCACUGCGAACAUCUCCCUCGAAGAGGAGAAGGAAGAAGAAGUAGCGCUGGUGUCGGCAAAAGCUGGACUGAAAUCAACAGCUACGGAGGACUAUCUCAAGACUCCUGUCUCCUCAAAAUCGCAUAAUCGCCCCCGCCAGGAGCGUUACUCUCAAGCUCUCCAACCGUCUGCUCUCCUCUCCUCUGUUUCAGCCCAUGAUCACAUCGAGACUUCCGAGCCACCGCCACCAUCACCGAACGAGUCUGAGCUUCAUGCGCCCCCCACAUCUCCGUUUGAUAUUACUGGUACACCGUCACAUACGUGCAGACGCCGUCCAAUUACCCUCGGUUCACUAGACGAUUUCUCUGCCGGGUGCGGUGCUGCCGCCUCCGCAUCUUCUACACCGCCUUCUAGUUUGAGUCUCACCAAAGCUAAAAACAAUUGUCAGGGUUGGCUGUGGCUUAAAAAACGCACUUCUACCUCUUUUGGAAAUCGCUACGUCAAGCGAUGGUGUGUGUUUAAACACAAUACUCUCUAUUAUUACCGCAACCAGGAAGAAGAGAAUGCGGAGGGUCUCAUACUUCUCCAUGGAUUCACAAUCUCACCGGUAUCAACCGAGGGUGGACGAUCAGGAAGGUAUCCGUUCCGAGUGUACAACGAAUGGACCCGGUUUGUUUUUGCCGCAGAUAGUGAAGUUGCUCGCACCCGGUGGAUGAAUAUGCUUGGUUUAGCAGCGAUAGGUCAGUCAGCUUGUCUGUGGACUUCACCUAUUGGUGGGUUUUAUCCGGGCUACCUACCUGUGCCACCGGGAAAUGCGACAGAAUCUGAGCAGAAGGUGGUAGUAGUGGAUUCGAGGUUGUUGGAGCCACCGAGGGCGCAUACUUCAGGAGGAGAGAAUUCAUCACGUAGGCAACCAGUGACAAUCCACCGAUGCUCUUCAAGUCUAAAUGUCCCCUCGUCUUCGGGAUUGCAGCAGACGCCGCCUGACACCGAGCCACUGUUGAGUUGCCAUGGUAAAUCCGGCCCGCUCAACCGCCAUGUAAAACAGCCUCAUCGUCACUUUCUCUCCGUUAGCGUCUCUUGCUUGGUCAGCGACUCUACCAACUCCACUGAUGAAGAAGCGGAAAUUGAUAAAAAGUCGUUGAACCUAGAAAAAGUGGAAGGCAGUCCUUCACCGGCGAGCCAAUCGCCGUGUCGCUUGAUACGUCGUGCCGCCAUGAUUCGCCGUCGGCGUGUGCGCCGCCUCACUGAAGGCUCUAUCUCGCCUUCGGUGUUUCUCACGUCCCCACCAAUAAUGAUACGACCGCACCACUCUUCUGGGUGGAUGUCUCUUUCCUCCGAGACCGUGGUGAUGGCUUCGGGACUUCUAGGAAAACACCAGCCACAAACUCAGGAUCAGCAGCAUUUGCAUUCUGUGGGCACAAGCAGUGGAGGAGACGAUGGCGAGGGUGGUGGUGUAGAAGGUGGAAGUCUGCUGCUUCUUCAGAAUCCUAACCGGCUCUCACCAACGUGUUCCCCAUCUAGUCGAUCCUCAGAAUCACCUGAACAGAUCUUGUCAUCGUGA